CCUCUUCUCCCUAAGGACCUUUCCCAGAUGUGAACGUCUCUAACAGGCACUACUAAGAAGACUCUAGCUAGUUGCUUGGGGAUUCUAGUUCAGCCUGCCCAGCCCCUUCCAGAAGAGAGAGCCCUUGCUUCCCUAGGCAAGACUGUCAGGUACGUGGACAGUACACGCCUGGUCCUCCCUCCUCCACUCAUUUAACCUCUGAGAAGCAUCCCAGCUCCACGAUGGCAGCAGAGACACUCAACUUUGGGCCUGAGUGGCUAAGGGCCCUUUCGAGUGGUGGCAGCGUGGCCUCUCCGCCCCCAUCUCCUGCCAUGCCCAAAUACAAGCUGGCAGAUUACCGCUAUGGGCGAGAGGAGAUGCUGGCCCUCUACGUGAAAGAGAUCAAGGUCCCGGAGGAGCUACAGGACAAGGAGUUUGCUGCGGUGUUACAGGAGGAGCCACUGCAACCUCUGGCUCUAGAACCUCUGACUGAGGAGGAGCAGAGAAACUUCUCCCUGUCAGUGAACAGUGUGGCUGUGCUGAGGCUGAUGGGGAAAGGGGCUGGGCCCCCUUUGGCUGCCACCUCCCGUGGCAGGGGCAGCACACGGAGCCGAGGCCGCGGCCGUGGCGACAGCUGCUUUUACCAAAGAAGCAUUGAGGAAGGUGAUGGGGCCUUUGGACGCAAUCCCCGGGAGAUCCAGCGAAGCCAGAGCUGGGAUGACAGAGGUGAGAGGCGCUUUGAGAAGUCUGCAAGGAGGGAUGGAGCACGAUCUGGCUUUGAGGAGGGAGGGGCUGGCCCGAGGAAGGAGCAUGCACGCUCAGACAGUGAGAACUGGCGUUCACUCCGAGAGGAACAGGAAGAGGAUGGCAGCUGGAGACUUGGGGCAGGACCCCGGCGAGAUGGUGAUCGCUGGCGUUCCACCAGCCCUGAUGGUGGUCCCCGCUCUGCUGGCUGGCGGGAACAUGGGGAACGGAGGCGCAAGUUUGAUUUUGAUUUGCGAGGGGAACGCGGAGGGUGUGGUGAAGAGGAUGGGCGGCUUGGGGGAGGCAGCGCUCACCUCCGGAGAUGCCGGGGGCUUGAUGGCUUUGAAGACGACAAAGAUGGGCUCCCAGAGUGGUGUCUGGAUGAUGAAGAUGAAGAGAUGGGCACUUUCGAUGCCUCCGGGGCCUUCCUGCCUCUUAAGAAAGGUCCCAAGGAACCUAUUCCCGAGGAGCAGGAGCUUGAUUUCCAGGGCCUGGAGGAAGAGGAAGAGGAGCCUUCAGAAGGGGUGGAUGGCGAGGGGCCUGAGGCAGGUGGGAAGGAGGUGACCCCAUUGCCGCCUCCAGAGAAGUCUAGCUCCCCAUCAUCACUGCCUGCCUUGGGCCCUCUCUGGACCACAAGUGAAGAUGGCGAUGAAGCAGUGGAGAAAGAGCUUCCCCCGGCUGAAGGGGAUGAGAUGAGGGGACUGUCUCUGAGUCCCGGAGUCGGCUCACCUCCUGGCCCCCCUGGAGACCUAGAAGAUGAAGAAGGCUUGAAGCACUUGCAGCAGGAGGCAGAGAAGCUGGUGGCCUCGCUGCAGGACAGCUCCCUGGAGGAGGAGCAGUUCACCGCUGCCAUGCAGACCCAGGGCCUACGCCACUCCACAGCCGCCACUGCCCUUCCCCUCAGCCAUGGCGCUGCCCGAAAGUGGUUCUAUAAGGACCCACAGGGGGAAAUCCAAGGCCCUUUCACCACCCAGGAGAUGGCUGAGUGGUUCCAGGCCGGCUACUUCUCCAUGUCACUCCUAGUGAAAAGGGGCUGCGAUGAGGGUUUCCAGCCUCUGGGAGAGGUGAUCAAGAUGUGGGGCCGUGUGCCCUUUGCCCCAGGGCCCUCGCCACCCCCGCUGCUGGGGAACAUGGAUCAGGAGCGGCUGAAGAAGCAGCAGGAGCUGGCUGCGGCGGCUCUGUACCAGCAGCUGCAGCACCAGCACUUUCUGCAGCUGGUCGGCAGCCGCCAGCUCCCGCAGUGUGCGACGCUCCGGGAAAAGGCAGCUAUGGGGGACCUGACGCCGCCGCAGCAGCAGCAGCUCACUACGUUCCUGCAGCAGCUCCAGGCUCUCAAAACCCCCAGAAGUGGGGACCAGAACCUGCUCCCGACGAUGAGCCGGUCCUUGUCGGUGCCAGAUUCGGGCCCCCUCUGGGACUUACAUACCUCAGCUUCAUCACAGUCAGGUGGUGAGGCCAGUCUUUGGGACAUACCAAUUAACUCUUCGACUCAGGGUCCAAUUCUAGAACAACUCCAGCUGCAACAUAAAUUUCAAGAGCGCAGAGAAGUGGAGCUCAGGGCCAAGCGGGAGGAGGAGGAGCGCAAACGCCGCGAGGAGAAACGCCGCCAGCAGCAGCAGCAGCAGGAGGAGCAGAAGCGGCGGCAAGAGGAGGAAGAGCUCUUCCGGCGCAAGCAGGUGCGGCAGCAGGAACUGCUGCUAAAGCUGCUACAGCAGCAGCAAGCGACGAAUGUCCCUGUGCCCCCUGCACCCAGCUCCCCACCCCCACUCUGGGCUGGCCUAGCCAAGCAGGGCCUAUCCAUGAAGACCCUGCUUGAGCUGCAGAUGGAAAGUGAGCGGCAGCUACACAAGCAGCCUGCACCCCGGGAGCCCCUGCGGGCUCAGGCCUCCAACCACCGAGUGCAGCUUGGAGGCUUGGGCACUGCCCCUCUGAACCAGUGGGUGUCUGAAGCUGGGCCACUGUGGGGUGGGCCAGACAAGAGUGGGGGCAGCAGCAGUGGCAACCUAGGACUCUGGGAGGACACCCUCAAGAGUGGCGGGAGCCUGGCCCGAAGCCUGGGCCUAAAGAACAGUCGGAGCAGCCCAUCUCUCAGUGACUCAUACAGCCACUUGUCGGGUCGACCUGUUCGCAAAAAGACAGAAGAGGAGGAGAAGUUGCUGAAGCUGCUACAGGGCAUCCCUCGGCCGCAGGACGGCUUCACCCAGUGGUGUGAGCAGAUGCUGCACACCCUGAGCACCACAGGCAGCCUGGAUGUGCCCAUGGCCGUAGCGAUCCUCAAGGAGGUGGAGUCCCCUUAUGAUGUCCAUGAUUACAUUCGUUCCUGCCUGGGGGACACGCUGGAAGCCAAAGAAUUUGCCAAACAGUUCCUGGAGCGGAGGGCCAAGCAGAAAGCCAGCCAGCAGCGGCAGCAGCAGCAGCAGCAGGAGGCCUGGCUGAGCAGCACCUCCCUACAGACAGCCUUUCAGGCCAACCACAGCACCAAACUGGGCCCUGGGGAGGGCAGCAAGGCCAAGAGGCGGGCACUGAUGCUUCACUCUGACCCCAGCAUCUUGGGGUACUCCCUGCACGGCCCUUCUGGUGAGAUCGAGAGCGUGGAUGACUACUGACCAGCCUGUCCCACCAGCCCCCUGGGCUUAAGACUUGGGUGGCGGCGGCAGCAUGGACCCUUGGGUCUCCAGCCUGCAGGCUCCCAGCAAGGAGCAGAGGAGGGAUCGAGCGGGGCAGGGUCCCCAGCACUUGUUACAAACCACACGAUGCACCUUAACUCACCCACCACGAGGCACUUUACAGAUAGGGGAGGGGGCUUCUCUUUUUCUCUUUAAUUUUAAACGUUAGGAGAGACAAAAGUGUCAUUCAAAAACUAGACUGUAGACCCCUCACCCCUUUGGGGAUAAUGGGUGUGACAUUGGAAGGUCCACAGAGGUUUGGUUUUGGUUUUGUUUUGUU